CCCCCACAAAGUCCAGGUUCUCUUCCCCAAACUCUUUUCUCUCUGUCCCAAACUCUCUCUCUCCCCCUUAUAUCUUCCUACCAAACCCAACUCAAAACCAGCCUCUACUUCUCUUAACCUCCAUAACUGCCAAAAACAACUACUAAAACUCACACAAUUCCACUCCAUGGACUCCAAAUAACAAACACACCCAAUUCACUCAAAACUUGGAAGAAACAGAUUAAAUUCUACGAGUAAUAAACAAUCUGUACAAAAUAAUCCUACAAAAAAACAUGGAAACCAAAAACGGUUUCACUUAUCUAGGCCGAAAUUUCAGCGACCUCAACCUCAACGACAACUCUUCCUCCGCUUUUAGCGACUGUAACAGCGACAGGUCCGGCGAGUUUUCAUGUGCGUCGUCGGAAAGUCGCCGGAAACUAUGGUUAUCUUGCGCCGGCGCAGCUGAUGAUUUCUCCGACGAUCUCAUCCGUCAAUUAGUUUCCGGCUUAGAAUCCUCCUCAAUCGACGACCAGAAACAAGCCGCCAUGGAAAUACGACUUCUAGCUAAAAACAAGCCUGAAAAUCGGCUUAAAAUCGCCUUAGCCGGCGCAAUUAAACCACUUAUCUCGCUUGUUAACUCAGCCGAUCUUCAGCUUCAAGAAUACGGCGUCACUGCAAUUCUUAAUCUCUCUCUUUGCGACGAGAAUAAGGAUCAUAUUACAACUUCCGGCGCAAUUAAGCCUUUGGUUCGAGCCUUGAAAACGGGCACUUCAACUGCUAGAGAAAAUGCUGCCUGUGCUCUCCUUAGGAUUUCACAGGUGGAUGAGCACAAGGCAUUGAUAGGAAGAUCAGGAGCAAUCCCAGCUUUAGUAGAUCUAUUAGAGAACGGAGGAUUUAGAGGGAAAAAAGAUGCAUCUACUGCGCUUUACUCUUUAUGUUCGAUUAAAGAAAACAAGAUGAGAGCUGUUGAAUCAGGGAUUAUGAAGCCUUUGAUUGAAUUAAUGGCGGAUUUUGGUUCACAUAUGGUAGAUAAAUCGGCGUAUGUGUUGAGCUUAUUGGUGGCGUUGCCGGAAGCUAGAGCAGGAUUGGUUGAGGAAGGUGGUAUUCCGGUGUUGGUUGAGAUUGUGGAGGUUGGUUCACACCGACAAAAGGAAAUUGCUGCGGCGAUAUUGCUACAAUUGUGUGAAGAUAGUGUUGUUUAUCGGACUAUGGUGGCGCGUGAAGGUGCUAUUCCACCGUUGGUUGCGUUGUCUCAGUCGGGUACUAGCCGGGCCAAGAGAAAGGCGGAGACAUUGAUUGAGCUUCUACGGCAACCAAGAUCCGGCAACGCCGCUGCCAGAGACAUUUGAUUAUGUUACUCCUUUCUGUCCCACAUGCCCUCAAGUCCUUCACCCUUGAUUAAUUAUUCUCCCUUCUCUUGCGCGCGCUCUCUUUUCUUUUCUCCUUUUUUUCGUGUUCUUCGCUGAUAGCGUGUGUGCGAGCGUGCGUGCAUGUGGGUGUGUCUAUUUCUUAUCUUUUAAAACUCGUGAUAUUUUUCAUGAGUGAAUUGCCUUCUUUUUAUGGAGGGUUUUUAUUUUCCUUUUUUACUCUUGGAGUUGAGGGUGUGUGGAAAAGGAGUCGGAGUUUGUGUUUGAUGUGUGUAAAUACACUUGGAGAAGUUGUUUUGUACUGUGGAAAUAUAUCUAAUAUCUGUAGCCUAUCUCUGAGAUAGAGAUAGGGGAAAAAAAAUUAUAUAUAGAAGAAAGAAGAAUGAAGGAAAAAAAACCAUAAAGGAAAAAUAUAUUAGUGAAAGUGAAAAAGAAAGGAAAAGAAACUACAGUGUAAAUAGUUUUGUUUCCAUGUUUGUAAAGAGAAGAAAAUGAGUAAAAAUUUUGUGAGAGAUGUUGGAGUCUCCUUUAAUGUAAUUACUAAUAUAUUAUUGUU